ACCAGGAAGCUGCUCUGUUUGUUUUCCGUUGCGACAGCGAGCAUCCUUUCUGUGUGCAGAAACUAGACCCUGUUAAACACAAUGGAUCCUCUCUCUUCUCCAUACUGAGCUCAGGAUGUCCUCCUCCAUCGCAGCCUGAUCACCAUGGCGACAUCCAGCUGCACGUGCACCCAGGACAGCUCCACAGAGAAGGAUCGGCUCCUCUCCCAGUUUGCGGGCUAUGGGUCCCGGGACCUCCUGGCCCCUCGUCCCUCCUCUCUGCUGGGGGCCCCUCGUCCCUCUCUGCUGGGCUCGGAGGCCCCUCAGAGGAAGGAGGAAGAUGAGGAAGAGGAGGAGGUGCUGAGGAGGAAACUCAAAUACUUCUUCAUGAGCCCGUGUGACAAAUAUCACGCCAAGGGACGCAAGCCGUUCAAACUGGGCCUUCAGCUGCUGAAGAUCAUCAUCGUCACCGUGCAGCUGGUGCUGUUUGGGCUCAGUAACCAGAUGGUGGUGACGUUUAAGGAAGAGAACACGGCGGCGUUCAAACACCUUUUCCUGCAGGGAUUUCAGGACGGAGCUGCUCAGAGCGUGCACACACAGAGGGAGUUCUACAGCCGCAUUCACUACGCUGUCGAACAGUACAUGGCUCUCCCUCAGAUCUCUCUGGGUCAGUACGCCUAUGUUCUGGGUGCCGGUGAAAAUGGAAGUGCGCUGUCCCUCUGCCAGAGGUUCUACAGGAAGGGAACCAUCGACCCCUCCAACGACACCUUCGACAUCGAUCCGCAUGUGGACACCGAAUGCAUUGGACUGAAUCCACUGACCUACAGUCCUGCUCCAGGAAACAGUGACUACAAGAAUUUCACUCUUAAGUUUUACAAGCUGAUCAAUGUCACGAUUGAUUUCCAGCUGAAGGCCAUCAACAUUCAGACCAUAAUAAACAAUGAAAUCCCCGACUGCUACACCUUUGCUAUCAUGAUCGUCAUGGACAACAAGGCUCACAGCGGCAAAGUGAAGAUCCAUCUGCAGAACCAGGCGUCCAUCCAGGAGUGCAGAGACCCCAACGUGUCCGGGCACGCGGAGAGUUAUGCUCUGGAGUUUUUCGACGUGUGUGUGGCGUUUGUGUGUCUGAUGUCUCUGCUGCUGUGCGGACGCUCCGUCCUCAGAGGCGUCCUGCUGCAACACGAGUACGUGCAGUUCUUCAAACACAGACUGAUCCGCAGGGUGAGCCUUGGAGACCGGAUGGAGUUCAUCAACGGCUGGUACCUCCUCCUCAUCAUCAGCGACACCUUCACCAUCAUCGGCAGCUUCAUCAAGAUCAGCAUCGAGUCCAAGAACUCAUCCUCGUACGACAUGUGUGGGAUCCUGCUGGGAACCUCCACCCUGCUGGUGUGGGUCGGAGUCAUCCGCUACUUCAGCUUCUUCCAGAAAUACAACAUCCUGAUUGUGACUCUCAGAGCUGCGUUUCCUAACGUCAUCCGCUUCUGUUGCUGCGUAGCGGCCAUUUACAUGGGCUACUGCUUCUGUGGGUGGGUUGUGCUGGGGCCCUAUCAUGCCAAGUUCCGCUCCCUGUCCAUGGUGUCACAGUGCCUCUUCUCUCUGAUCAACGGAGACGACAUGUUCGUGACGUUCGCUGCGAUGGAGCAGAGCGGCCUUCUGGUGUGGAUCUUCAGCCAGGUCUACCUCUACACCUUCAUCUCGCUCUUCAUCUACAUGGUGCUGUCGCUGUUCAUCGCCCUCAUCACCGGAGCCUACGACACCAUCAUGGCUCAGACGAAGGAGCAGGUCCGAGUCAGCGCUCUGCACCUGUUCAUCUCCGAGUGCACCGACACACCGAGCUCCGGAAAGUUCAGAGGACCAGAAGGAUCCUCGUGCUCCUUCCUCUGCUGCUGUGAGUGGUGAGGAGGAGGAGGAGGAGGAGGAGGAGGAGGAGGAGGAGGAGGUGGUAUGUGUGUGUGUGUGUGUGUGUGUGUGUGUGUGUGUGUGUGUGUGUGUGUGUGUGUGUGUGUG